AUGGAUCUUCUCUCAACAAUCCGCAAAGAAGGUUCUCGUGGUGGAGUUGAAUUUUCAUGGUCAGACGUAACCACUUCUCAGCAUCGCGAAAAUUACCUGGGCCAUUCAGUUAUGGCACCAGUAGGUCGGUGGCAAAAAGGAAAAGAUCUAACAUGGUACGCAAAAGGCAGUAGCAUAUCUAGUGCUGGAGAUCAAACUGUAGAGGAAAGAAAUCUCCGAGAGAGAAAAGAAGAAAUAAGAAAGAUAAAGGAAGCUGAGGAAGAUGCUUUGGCUAAAGCUUUGGGCCUUCCAGUAAAGCAACGAAAUACUUCUGAAAGCAAUGCCAUCACAUUAAGCGAGGUUAAUCAAGCGGUUAAGGACGCUGGAGUCGGUGAAGAUAACGGGGUAGAUACUGGCAAGAGUUUUGGAGACUUUCCCAGCAAAACUCAAGUUACCCAACGUGGCUCCGAAGUAACUCAGGAAAUAUUAGAAAAAAACUCGACAUGGAGGUCUAACCAUAGGAAGGAAGACCAUAGAGAACACUGCAAAGAGACAAAACAUCGUCAUCAUCGUCAUCAUCAUCAUCAUGGUCAUCGACAACGAUCACUAAGUCCUGAUUAUAAAGAACAUAAAUCACGAUCUAGAGGUAUACUUUGUAAGAAUUACCGGGCAGAAAAGAAGGUAGAUCAGCGUGUAGAGAGGAGUGAUGUAUUCCGAAACCUUCGCCGUGAAAGACACUGUAGUGCGGAUAGGCAUCGGAUAAGGGACCACAGAGAACAUCGAGCACGCUCCAGAAGAACAAAAUCUCCUGAUUUUCACUCUAAUAAUAACAGGAGAGGUUAG